UGAAAGCGACCUCACUAUAGAAAAGGCAGCCCACAACCGCCUGGGCUCUCAAAGGAGGUUGAGCUUCGGUGUGAACUUGUGGGAGUGGACCUGCCUGGCUGUUCAUCUGACAUGGAGCCGAAGCGGAUCAGGGAGGGCUACCUCGUGAAGAGGGGAAGCGUCUUCAACACCUGGAAACCCAUGUGGGUUGUAUUGUUAGAAGAUGGAAUUGAAUUCUAUAAGAAGAAAAGUGAUAAUAGCCCCAAAGGAAUGAUCCCCCUCAAAGGAAGCAGUCUGACUAGCCCUUGUCAGGACUUUGGCAAGAGGAUGUUUGUGUUUAAGAUCACUACGACUAAACAGCAAGAUCACUUCUUCCAAGCAGCCUUCCUGGAGGAGAGAGAUGCCUGGGUUCGGGACAUCAAAAAGGCCAUUAAAUGCAUUGAAGGAGGCCAGAAGUUUGCAAGAAAAUCCACCAGGAGGUCCAUUCGACUGCCAGAAACCAUUGACUUAGGUGCCUUGUAUUUGUCCAUGAAAGACACUGAAAAAGGAAUAAAAGAACUGAAUCUCGAGAAGGACAAGAAGAUUUUUAAUCACUGUUUUACAGGUAACUGUGUCAUCGACUGGCUGGUAUCCAAACAAUCUGUUCGGAAUCGCCAGGAAGGCCUCAUGAUCGCCUCCUCACUGCUCAACGAAGGGUACCUGCAGCCUGCUGGAGACCUGUCCAAGAAUGCAGUGGACGGAACUGCUGAAAACCCUUUCCUGGAUAACCCCGAUGCCUUCUACUACUUUCCAGACAGCGGGUUCUUCUGUGAAGAGAACUCCAGUGAUGAUGACGUGAUUCUGAAAGAAGAGUUCAGAGGGGUCAUUAUCAAGCAGGGAUGUUUACUGAAGCAGGGGCAUAGGAGGAAAAACUGGAAAGUGAGGAAGUUCAUUCUGAGAGAAGACCCUGCCUACCUGCACUACUACGACCCUGCUGGGGGGGAUGAUCCCCUGGGAGCGAUUCACUUGAGAGGCUGCGUAGUGACUUCAGUAGAGAGCAACCCAGACGGUAAGAAGGGCGAGGAGGAGAACCUUUUUGAGAUCAUCACUGCUGAUGAAGUUCAUUAUUUCUUGCAAGCAGCCACUCCCAAGGAGCGCACAGAGUGGAUCAAAGCCAUCCAGGUGGCCUCGAGGACUGGGAAGUGAGGGUGCACCUGAGGCUCCUCCCACCUUGUCCAGGGAAGCUCAUAGAUGAGCUCAGUUCAGCACCUGUCCACUAUGGUGACAGUCAAUGGGCAGGGGCCCAGGGUGGGACAUUUUCAAGUGGGGGAUUCUGAAUGUAACUAGCCACGCCGCACUGCGUCACUUCCUGCAACCUCUCCGCCUCUCUCUGUGUCCCAAGCGAAUGUAACAAGCUGUGUGACCUGUUUAGGAUGCUUAACCACUCUAGGCCUCCAGGCCUCUUUUGGAAAUGAGGGAGGUGAACUCGAAGAUCCCCGAGGCCCUCCCUAGCAUAAAACCAAACCAAACCCUGGGAUUCUAAUCCUCCUGGAAGUGAAAGUGCCUCUAGUCAUCCUGCUGGUGUUUUUCCUUGGCUAGAUCUUGGCCGUCAGCUGUCUUUAGAUGCACCGGAACCCAAGACAGUUCUUCCUCUUGCUCUUGGCCAAGAUCUUGUAACAAAAUGAAGGACAGUGCUUUUCUUCCUUCCUUACCUUCCCAGAAACUUCCUGAGGCCAGGGGAAGCUUUCAGAGUUAAGCUUUCUAUUACUUUUUAUAGCCUGUCAAGUUGUCUUCUGUGAAAAAGACCCAAGGAAGCCAGGAAUAGCAGAGGGUCCUUUCCAUGCCCCGAAGCCCCUUGGAGCAGUUUGUUCCACUCCUACCUGAGGCUCAUUUGAGACAGGUUUCCCUGUAUUCCUCUCUGGAUCAUUUCUCUACCAAUUAUUGCAGUUGGUGUGAGGACUCCAAAUCUGUGAGAUUCUGUUUAAUUUGAGGUUUACAGGAAAACAGUGACCAGUGGUUUCCUCCAUGGGUGAGAGGCCUGGGCAGCUGCCUGGCUAAUGUGUCCUCUCAGCUUCAGGGGUGAAGGGGCUGGAUCACCGUUUGGCUCAUGGGAUGAUGCGUUCCUACCAAGGUAGCACUGAAAGGACUCAGAUCUACACAGAGCGUCCUGUGGCGGCGUCGACAUUAGCGGCACCUUUAGUUCUUGAGGUUGAGAUGCUGCAGUUGACCUGAGCUUUAAGCAGCAGCGAUAGCAGCUCUUGCUUGGGUUCUGAGGGGCAUCAUGGCCCCACCAUUAACCAGGGUGAUCCAAAUUAGAUUGAAAUUGGGAACUUGUUUACGAUUUUUGGCCCUGAUUACUUGAUAGUAAUUCUUUUCCAAAACAGAAAGACAGCUACCCAUAUGAACCCCUCUGUUGCCCCUCUCCAACUCCCUGAGCAUUCAGGAGACUUUUCCUACUCCUAGAUGACUCUGUCAAUGGCCUGCAGGUGAAGGAUUACCUGUUUCUCUGAUUCUUUAGUAAAUUGUUUUCUUAGACUAUGAAAAUAGUUUUUCUAUGUUCAGUGUUUAAAGUAUUUAUUAAUAUGGACUCAACUCUAUGUUUUGAAAUAAAUAUGUUCAUGUUUAGUGUC